AUUCCAGGGGGCUGAAUUGGAGUGGCUGGCGCUCAAACAGUGCAGGUCGUAGGGUGGGAUGGGAGCCUUUGAUGGGAAGGGUCCCAAGUGGGCGACAGCUGUGGGGUUCCCCCCCUCCAUGCCCCACCUGCCACCUCCCCCUUUCCCAGCCUUAAAAAUCCCCUUCCUCUUGCAGUUCAGGGUUGCAUUCUUAAUACGUUCAGCCCUUCUGCAAAAGGGAUGCUUUUAAAUUUUAGAGCCCUGUUGCACGAGCUUUAAAAUAAAGCACUUUACCCUGGAGAGAGGGCAGGGCAAGAAAGCAACCUGGGAUGACCCCUCCCCAAUUUCUCACCCUCUCGUUGGGCUGGGCAUCAAAGCACCCAAAGCAGGAGCCCAGCCCCCAGUCUUGAGGUUCAUCAGAGUUGCAACGAAAGGGCGUUUUUUACAAAAGGCUCCCAGGCCAGGGAAUGACAGACCCCACCUUGCAUCGAUUUGUUAACAUUUAUUUCUUCAAUUGAUUUGCCAACCGUCUUGGCCAUGGGCUCCUCUCUACUUUCUGGCUCUUCAGCAGCUGCAUAGACCACCUACUGCUAACGGGGCCUUUCUCCCCCUUCCAGGUGGUGCUGCGGACACAGGCGGCCGCUCGCUCGCUGGGGGUGCCAGUCCUCAUGGCCACCAGCCUGGGCAGCUCCCUGCCCGCCCUGGCCAGCGCCCUCCGACCCGACCCCACCCUCUCCCUGGAGCAGAAGGCGACCUUCCUCUUCGUCUUCUUCCUCUUCGUCUUCUUGGCGGUGCUGAUUGUCCGCUGCUUCCGGAUCCUCCUGGACCCCUACCGCAGCAUGCCACCUCCCUCCACCUGGACCGAUUACGUGGAGAAAGACACCUUGGACUACCGCCUGGCCUGAAGGCACCGGUGGAAAUGGCUGGCCCGAGCCUGGAUACGGCUGCCUCAGCGGAACCUCCACGCACGGGGGCAGUCUACCUGCUCGGGCCCGGCAGAGAUGGGAGGUUCUGCCCAUCCUGGUUUGAACUCGGGGCAAAGAUUUUGUGGCUUAGAGAGGAACAAGAGGCAGGUAACGGUUGGCAUCUGAAUAGCCAGGCACGUGCCCGCCUCAAAGCAGGGCGAGAGGAGAGGGAGGCGCGCAGUUUGCAGAACGCAUAUUUUAAGCUCUAAAAGAACCUUUGCUUUUGCUAAACAAAACACCCC